AUGUCUGACCACGACCCCGGCCACCAGAACACUUCCAAAAGAUCGGAGCGCGAGGGCGAGGGCAACCGCGAGGGACAACGCCGCCCGAGCGCCAGUGCCAGCGCCAGCGCCGGUCCGUCGAAUGUCACGUCACCAGCACUCCAUGCCCAUGCCCAUGCACGCCAGUCGCCAGUCAUGCUCCCGCGGACCAACUCGUCGGGCGAUACACCCCGCCGCGUUGGCCUCAACCUUGGACUCGGGCGGCCCCGGGGUCCUAGCGCAGGCUUUAUCACGAGGGACGAACGGACGGGCGAUCCACUUUCUGUCACAAUGGACCCGUCUAUCAGCUUUCGCAGCGCUCCCUCUCGAUCCGGCCCCCACACGGCGCCAGGCGCAACAGCCGCGACCCCCGCCGCCGCUCUUCCGCACCCGACGUCACACUCCAACAAUCUGACCCAGUCUCCCCACCGCCGUGCACUAGCCGGUAUGCGUGAGAGACCUGCCGACAGAGUGAUGGGCGCGAAGGCUCCAAGGUUGCGAGGGCACAAUCUUCAUGCGUCUACGAGGAGCACGCCCGCUGACACUUUUCCACAGCGUAUUUAUUCCGGCACACCGCAUUCCAACACUCCCGCAUCCCCCAACCCACCCGCUAUGCCGAUUCCUCCAAGGCGGUCGUCCGUCUCGAGUACCGACGACGGCUACGACUCGGAUUCGGGCACGACGCCCCGCACGACCAACUACUUUCCGCACACCUCUGGCUCGCAGCGCCCCCCUAUCGACGGUCGCCGAACGAGUGACGCUGCGCAACAGCCAACUGUUCCUUCCUCUCCUCACCAGGGUGCUUCCCAACCAGGCUCCUCCGUCCACGGUCGUCGCUCUCGCGUCAACUUAGCACCUUCCGGCCAAGCGCAGCCCGGCUUAUCUCGUUCCGGCUCCCGCGCUCGCAUUCCUCCACUCGGCAUGACGAAGGGCGAUCAAGAAGACGACGAAGUCGUCGUGAUCGACCGCGGCGAGGAUCUGAUCCGCCGUCGACUCAAGGAAAGGAAGCGCGCCAAGCGCGAACGUGAACGUCGUCUGGCUGCUGAAGCGGAGGCGGCGGAAGACGAGGAGGACGUGCAGGCCAGCGCACCCCCCUCGGCUACUACAGCUGCCACCGAUUCGUCCGGCCCCUAUUUCACUGGCUCGUCGUCUCUCCCUCAACGCUCGAGCGCAACCAGCCCUGUCCGUGGCCACCGCUCAGUUUCAGUUUCACGCGCUCGUGCGUCCAGUAGUGCACGCCACCACACUACACACGUCCCCAGCCGGUCCGGGAGUAUCAGCAGCGAUGUCGGUGCGGCUGACCGCCCGACGUCAUCCUUGGCCCCCGGUGGCGAUGAGGACGACAUGGAGGAGGACGGUGACCACGAGGAGGACGAGGGCGAGGAAGCCGCCCAGCGUAGUGAUGAUGACGAUGAGGACGAGGACGGUAGCGGUGGCGAUGAAGAGGGCGUCACCGCCAUCAACAUCGAGCACCCCUUCGGUCUGCCCAUUUGGAAGCCUGCGCUGUACCGCAAAUCGCGAUCCGUCACGAGGAACGCCGAGUCUGCGCUGCACUCGAUCCCCUCGGCUGCUGCGGAGCGUCACCUGCUCGUCGGCAACCUGUUAUGGGUCGUCUUGUUCGGCUGGUGGCUCGCCCUGAUAUGUGCCAAUGUUGCCCUGAUCGUGACGGCAGCCGAGUUCCUCGUCGGAGGGCGUGGAGGCUACGGCAGGACUAUUCGCGGCUUGGCCUGGUACAUUGGCUGGCCGUUCGGAAAGUACGUCGAGGGCGAGGGCGCUCCAGAGGACAUGUCUAGCGAUGACGACGCUUCGCACCAUGACGAGGAGUCUGCUCCCCUGGGUACCGACCCGUCCGUCCACAGUAACAACUUCAACUACGGCAGCACGUUGUCGACUGACCCGGUCCACCCUCGUGCCUUCUCGAUGUCUACCAACUCGACGGCAACCGUGCGCCCGGGUGACUCGCAGUCGCUCGAGUCGCUUCCUGAUGAGCCGCACACCCCGCCUACCCGGUCUCGCACCAAUGUUGUCUCGUUUGCGGCCAGUGCGAAGAACGGCAACCCCUCGCCGCCCGAGGGAACGCCUCUGCUGUCUGCCAGGACGGGCCAGCCCUGUUCUCGUCGUGGUGUCCGCCGCCGAGCGCGUCUCGUUGGCUCCAUGGCUUACUGGCCACUGUUCUUCUUCGUCCUUGCGCCCGUCAUGCUGGUGGUUUGCCUCAUCUGUUGGUGUCUGGUCAUCACAAUCCCGAUGGCCAAGCUCACCUGGGAGCUCAUCUACUUGCUCUGGACUCGUCCUCUCGAGAUUAACUUCUGUCCGGCUCCGAAGGUUCCCGUCCAGGCCCCUGUCGAACGGGACGAGGAGGGCGAGGUCAUUGACAAUGGCGGCCAUCGCGUUGUUCUGAAGCGCGCUCGCCUCCACGCGGGUCAGAUCGCGCCUACCGAAGGGCCCACCUCGACCGUGCUCCUGUGUACCUACCGUGCUGUUGGUCUGCAAUACUACAAGUACACGGUCGGCGGAGUCAACAUCAUGUUUAUCAACCUGCUGCCGCUGGUGUUCUUCACGAUCAUUGACGGCAUGCUGAUCCUGCCGUGGGUUGAACACAUGCACGAGAAGGGCAAGCACGUUCCCUAG